AUGGACGCGCUGGACCGGAAUUGUGCGCGUGGCAAGAGCUGCCCGUACCUUCACGUGGCCCUGGACGACAAGGACUCAGAGACGCCCAACAAGAAGCGAAAGGGCGAGCUGACGCACGAGCAAGAGGAGCUGCAGAGGGAGAACCGGCUGUUGCGAGACGAGAACGACACCAUCGAGAAGGAGAACAAUCAGCUCAGGCUGGAGAACGAUGACUUCAAACAGGAGAACUCGAGACUGCGCAGGUACCUCGAGGACAUGGGCGGCCGAUCGGAUGACACCCCCUGA